ACGUGGACGAGUGCCAGGAGGGGGCGCUGUGCCAGCUCGGGCUCUGCACCAACACCCGCGGCAGCUUCGCGUGCCUCUGCCCGCCGGGAUUGCUGCUGGACUCGUCCCGCUCCCGAUGCAUCUCCCAGCAGGUGCUGUCGGAGGCCCGCGGUCCGUGUUUCCGCCUGCUGCGGGAGGGCGGGGGCUGCGCGCUGCCCACCCUGCGCAACAUCACCCGCCAGGUUUGCUGCUGCAGCCGCGUGGGCAAAGCCUGGGGGGGCUCCUGCCUGCUCUGCCCCCCCUUCGGAUCCGAGGGGUUCCGCGAGAUCUGCCCGGCCGGGCCCGGCUACCACUACUCGGCCUCGGACCUGCGCAUCAACACCCAGUUCCUGGGCCACGACGGGGCGGGGGUCCCGCUGGGAGCCCCCCGCAGCGCCCCCAGCCCCUACAUCGACGAGUGCCGCCAGGUGCCCCCGCCCUGCUCCCCGGGGCGCUGCGAGAAUUCCGUGGGCAGCUUCCGGUGCCUCUGCGGCGCCGGCUUCACCUCCGAGCCCGCGGGCACCGAGUGCCGAGACAUCGACGAGUGCUUGCAGAGCCCCCCGCCCUGCGCCCACGGGCGCUGCGAGAACCGGCCCGGGGGCUACGAGUGCGUGUGCCCGGGGGGCUACCGCGGGUCUGGGUCCAUGGGGUCUCCAUGCUCAGACAUCGACGAGUGCGAGAACCACCUGGCGUGUCCGGGCCAGGAGUGCGUCAACACCGCGGGCUCCUUCCGCUGCCAGCCCUGCCCCGAGGGCUUCCGGCUGCGCCAGGGCCGCUGCGCAGACGUGGACGAGUGCUCGGGGGGCUCCCCCUGCGCCCCCCACGGCCGCUGCCUCAACACGGCCGGCUCCUUCCGCUGCGAGUGCCACCGCGGCUACCGCGCCGCCGCCGGCGCCACCGCCUGCCAGGACGUCAACGAGUGCCUGGAGGGUGACUUCUGCUUCCCGCACGGCGAGUGCGUCAACACGGCCGGCUCCUUCCGCUGCCUGUGCGCCGACGGCUACGCCAGCACCGCCGACGGCACCGCCUGCGCCGACGUGGACGAGUGCCAGCGCGGGGCCGUGUGCGCGGGCGGGCGCUGCCUCAACACCGACGGCUCCUUCCAGUGCCAGUGCCCGGCCGGGUUCCGCACCGACGACGCCAAGGCCGAGUGCCGCGACGUGGACGAGUGCCAGGAGUACGGGGCCGGGCUGUGCGGGGCGCAGCGCUGCGAGAACAUCCCGGGCUCCUAUCGCUGCGUGCCCGAGUGCCAGCCGGGAUUCCGGCCCGGGGACGGCGGGGACUGCCUGGACGUGGACGAGUGCCAGGAGUACGGGGCCGGGCUGUGCGGGGCGCAGCGCUGCGAGAACAUCCCGGGCUCCUAUCGCUGCGUGCCCGAGUGCCAGCCGGGAUUCCGGCCCGGCGACGGCGGGGACUGCCUCGACGUGGACGAGUGCUCCAACGGGACCCUGUGCGGCGCCCACGCCACCUGCCACAACCUGCCCGGCUCCUUCCAGUGCGCCUGCGACCCCGGCUACGAGACCGCGCGGCACGGCCACCACUGCGUGGACGUGGACGAGUGCCAGACGCUCCGCGGGGUUUGUGGGGCCGAGCGCUGCGAGAACGUCGAGGGCUCCUUCCUGUGCCUGUGCCCCGACUCCCGGCAGGAGUUCGACCCCGUCACCGGCCGCUGCGGGGCCCCGCCGACCCCACAGAGCCCCCAGAUCAUCCCCCAGAUCCCCCACAGCCCCCACAGCCCCGAAAUCAGACCCCAAACCCCUCAAAUCGGACCCCAAAUCCCUCAAAUUGG